AUGAACGAAAAUUUUACAUGGUUUGACGAAUUACAAUUUAACUCUUUGAACAAUCAACAAACUUACGUUACAAAACAAGAUUUUCUCUUACUAAACAAAAAAAUUGUUGCCACAGAACUGAUAGUCAAUCGUUAUUUAGAAGCAAAAAAAGCAUUGCAGUCCUUACAAAAUGAAAAUGAUCAAUUGAAGCAACGACUUGAUCAUGUUACAAAUGAGUGUUGCUUAUUUGGAAAACAAAUUGCAGAGUGUACAGAUGAAUAUGAUGCAUUAAAAAGAGAUUAUGAUUUACUGAAUGAAGAGAAAAACGCUUUGCAAAAAGAAUUUGGAAUAAUAAAAGAUCAAAAUACGGCGUAUUAUCAUGAACUAAUGGUUAUGGACCAAUAUCAUUCAUUGAAAGGAACAAAUGAACAGUUAAGAAAAGAGUUAGAACGUUGUAAAAAAGAAAAAUCAAAACUCAAUUACAAACUACAACAAAGCUCGUAUAAUAACACAAAUGACCCAUAUCAAACUGAAACUGCUUUGAAAGUGUCGAUGAAAUCAAUACGUGAAUUGAAACUGGCACUAGGGCGUUUAGUGAACUUUUUACACGCAAAAAAAAUUGCCAUUCCCACAUCUUUAUAUAUUCGUUCGAUAUUAAAAGCUCACACGAUUGAUGAUGAUUUUAUGGAAAUGGAAGGAGAAUUUACGUUAAGACCAACAGAACCGAUACAACAGAUAAAAUCAGGUGUGACCUUGUUAAAUAAUCAAGACGAAAACGAUGUGAAAAAUAAUGACGAUUUUAUUGAUGUUCAACCGACCAUGGCUACUCAGCUUUCUCAACAACAGCAACUGCCAAUGCAAUCCAAAUCAAAGUCGCAAAAAUCUCCUCAGAAACAAAUGGAAACAAAAAAACGACGAAAACGUCCAACAAAAGGAAAACGACAUACAAAAGAUGAAACGGACGAUUUAAUUAAUGAAUUAAAAAACGCCUUAUCGCAAUACGAAGAACCAGAAAAAAAAGAAACAGCAACACUAGAGCUGUCAGCAUUAAUGAACGACUUUUUCGGUGAUUUUGACACUCAUGGAAUAGAUGCCGAUCAACAACCAGUAACAUAUGUACAACCACCAAUAAUCGAUAAUAAUGCACCUAAAAGUUUUUCAAAAUUAUUAUCUGGCUAUGAGACUGAAGACGAAGAUGCGUUCACAUUUAUUGACCAAAGACAACCGAAAACAGUCAAAACAUCGAAGGAAAAUAGUGGAAAGAGAGACGGUGAAAGAAAAACAAAACUGGCGUCUGUUAUUACGCAAGAUCCAUUAUUGAACAUCACUGAUCAAGAAAUUGAUGGACCAAUACUUAGUUCUGUUAAGUUUUCAAGCGCUGUUGAUAACGAAAUAACAAACUAUGAACAAAUUCGAAUGCAAAGCUUUUUUUCCGACAAUGAUAAAAUUCAGUCCGAUUCCAACAGUUCCAAUACCAGUACAAUAGUGUAUGAUAGUCAAAAAACUAUCUCAAAAAACUGUGACAUAACACGUAGUUCGAUAACAACGUUAGUCAAAACUGUAAACAGUGAAAUUCUGAUUGAAAAUGAAAAGAUUCAAUCCUCCAUUACUAAAGAAAUAGUCAAUCAACAAUUGCAAACACAAAAUAAUAGAUUAUCAACUCAAAUAGAUAUUUUAUAUACAACAGAAAUGGAAGAUGAUGAUCGUAAAGAAGAAAAAGAGAAAAUAACGAUUAGUCCAAUCGAAGAAGUUGAAAAGAUAAGUGUUGAACAAGAAAAACAUUAUGAUGAUAUAACAAUCAUAAGAGAUAUAUUUACAAAUAUUAUUGAAGAUAUUGAAGGAAAAAUAGCAUAUGAGGCCAAAUGUUUACUUGUCAAACGUAUUUUCAGGUUCACACAAGAUAUUCAAAUAUCAUUGUUAUCAUCAGCUAUUGUUCCAGAGAAUAAAGAGAAAAUGGUCAAGCGUAAAUCAACUACGGUGCUUAAAAGUAAUACUCAGACAAUUCCUAUUACUAUGGAAAUUUCUGAUACAAAAGUCGUCCACAAUUCUAUUGUCUCGAAGGUUGAUUCAAUGAUGAUUCAGCAUGUCCAUGAGCAUGAAUCAAUAAAACAACGUAUUAAUGAUCAUACAUUUACUAAUAGUAAUCUCAAUGAAAUCGUUAAUUUAUCGUCUGACUUCGAUAUUGUACAUGUUAUUUGCGACAAAUGUCCUCUAACAAAUGAAGACAACAAACAGUUAAAAGGUACAUUUUGUAUAUAUUGA